CCCACUUCGACAGGCAUGAUUAUCUUAUCUGUUUUGUGAACAAUGUUUGCACAUGAUAUGAUCAUUUAAAUGUUUUAAAGAAUUCUUUUUACAAUCAAACUACGGAUAGAAAAUGGCGCCAAACGAUUACAAAUUUUUGGAAGGCGUGUCUACAGUAGGCCUCUAUGCAGCUCUCUUCUGCAGUACCGUUGCUGACAUUACGAACAUUUACAACAUGAAAGUCACCAAUAGCUCCACCGAUGUUGCUGUUGUUCUAUGGCUGCUGGGAUUGUCUUUUUGCUUCCAAGUUGGUGUGGCAUUGCUUGCCGUUAUCAUGUACAUGAUAAACAUGAAGGAACAUGGUGGCCGAAAGGAGAAACCAUACAAACGCCUGAGGCUUCUUGAUUCCGAAAAACCUGAGCAAGGCCGCUUCGACAGACGAAUGUGUUGCCGACUGUCCUUGUACAAGAUCCUGUAUAUAGCGUGCUUAAUUUGCAUUCUGGUCAUCAUACCGCUUCAGAUUAGUGCAAGUAUGUUGAGAGCUAGCAUAGGAAUUAAACUCUCGCCGCCAAACGAAGAGGUUGGUCUGCAUAAUAUAUAUUCAACAUUGAACCCAAACUUAACAACGGCAAUGGAAGCUUACAAGUCACUUUAACAAUACCCCCAAACUUCACAACAACAACUGAAAUUCCAACUUGGCUUAAAUUGCAAAAAUAUUUUGAGAAGUAAAGAAACCACGACAUCUUCGUACAAUAGUUACAAAUGAUAUUGUGACCAAACAGAGCUUGCAUAUAUAUGUGUAUCCGGGAGAUUGUGUAGCACAGAUGAAAUGGUUUAUGUUUAUCAUUAGACAAAACUAUGUCACUCGUGUAACCACAGUGCAGCAAUUAUGAAAAUUCAGAAUGGAAUGAUCUUAGUAUUACUGGCUUGAUUUUAACAAAUACAUGAAAGAAAACUUGUACUUUUUUAUUUCGUGACUGACAGACACGAGUUACAUAUGCAAUGAUAAAAAAAUCAGGUUUUUCGUCAUUGAAGACAAUGAUUCUUAAUAUUCGCGAGUGUUUUGUAUUUGCAUAUUACUAGAUGUUUGUGAAACUGAAAUGAUCACGAAAAUUACCUGAUCUACAGUAAAACGAGCUGCACGAAUUUCUAAUUAUUAUACAUUAUUCUAUUACUGGAAAUUUUGUUAGGGGUUAACUUACAUCUUAAGGUUUAGGAGUAUAUCACCAAAACACAGAAAUAUUUUAUUAACGAAUAACAUGUUACCAAUAUUUUACUUAACCAUUACAUGUUCU